UUUUCCUUUUCAGUACAGGCAGAAGGGCGACUGAACGUUUAACUUAACUAUUUAGCAUUAGAUGUAGAGAGAGGGGCACGCUUCUUUUAUAAUAAGGUUUAAUAUCAUUCAGCAUCAUGCACAUGUACGCUAACUGCUCAGCUGUGGAAGUUCUGAACGACAACACAACAAUUUUCCUAAACAAUUUUUACCAGGCAGGGUGCAAUGGCAGCCUGCUGAAUAUCUCUGUGAACCCAUCAGAACUGGAUGACUCGCAAUUAAACAAAGAACAGCUAUUGAAUAAGUACAUGGGUCCCAAGAGAUCCACUUUCUUCACUCCCAUUUGCACCACUUAUUUGUUCAUUUUUGCUGUGGGGGCUGUUGGGAAUACCCUCACCUGCACAGUGAUUAUCAAGCACAGGAUUAUGAGAACACCUACCAACUAUUAUCUCGUCAGCCUUGCAAUCUCAGAUCUCUUGGUAUUGAUUUUUGGUAUGCCAUUAGAACUCUAUGAAAUGUGGAGCAACUAUCCCUUUUUAUUUGGUCUGGGCGGUUGCUAUUUCAAAGUGCUGCUUCUGGAGACUGUAUGUUUUGCUUCUGUUCUGAAUGUCACAGCACUUAGUGCUGAACGAUACAUUGCUGUGGUUCAUCCACUCAAGGCCAAGUAUAUGGUGACACGAACCCAUGCCAAGCAUGUUAUAAUAAUCAUUUGGGUGAUUUCAGUGCUGUCAGCAAUCCCCAAUACCAGCUUGCAUGGAAUCUUCUAUCUGAAGACCGUCAAUGGUGAGCGCAUCUGGGAGUCUGCUUUUUGCAUGCCCGUGAAGCCUCGUUGGAUGUACAAUCUCCUCAUUCAGAUUACCACCGUGUUUUUUUUCUUCCUGCCAAUGGGGACUAUCAGCUUUCUGUAUCUGCUAAUUGGACUGCAGCUGAAAAAGGAGAAAAUGCUGCAAGUGCUGGAUGCCAAAGCUGGAGGGGACAGCGAUAGCUUCCAGUGCAUGAGAAUCCAACAGGAGAAGCAGAGAAGACAGCAAGUCACCAAAAUGCUGUUUGUCUUAGUGGUUGUAUUUGGGAUUUGCUGGGCACCGUUUCACACAGACAGACUCAUGUGGAGCUCCAUCAACCUAUGGACAGCAGAAAUGCACCAAAUGUUUCAGUGUGUUCACAUCAUCUCGGGUGUGUUCUUCUACCUGAGCUCUGCAGUUAAUCCAAUCCUCUACAACCUGAUGUCCACUAGAUUCCGAGAAAUGUUCAAAGAAGUAAUGUGUCACAGCAGACAGAAGAGGUCAGGGUCAAUGAAGUCCUCUUCCAGCAUUACUAGGGUGACAACACACAGCACAGUUUGUGAGCAUGUGGCAAACAAUGAUCCUCCUAUGAUGGAUUUAAAAGACUCUGAGAUGUACUUGGAAUUGUGCAAGAAAGACAAAGAUUUCAUAUCACGUGGAGGAGUUCCAAUGAAGUAUGUGAUUGAAAAAUGAGAAUACAGAAACCUAAUGGUUUGAGGAAAUAAGGAAAUGGCCCAUUGUUACACUGUGGGCAUGACAGAAGAGAUGCUGUGCCUGUUUUCUGGCAUGCACGGGCUUAGUUUCAGCAGUCUCACAAGUCUGAUGAAAAUUAAGUGUUACUUGAAGACAAACUGAGUAUUUCAAAACUAGUUUGAGAGUCAUGUGAAAUACUAUAUGAUUUUGUUGUAAUAUUACUGUAAGUGUUCUGUUUUUACUUUUGGUAGCAACAUAUACAACAUAUCUCUCUAACAGAAUCACUUCGGGUUUGGGGGUGGUAUACUGGUUAAGGUGUUUA